AUGCCGCACCACAGUCCCAUGGGGUUUCAGGCCCUCAUCCUGUGUGGCCCUGGGGGUUCACUGAAUACGUUCACCUCCAGACCCGAGGAAUACCCGAAAUGUCUCAUGAAAGUUGCAAACAGGCCAAUGAUCUUUUAUGCAAUUGAUUUUUGCAAACGAUCAGGGAUCACUGAUAUCACAUUGAUCACCCCUCCGCUAGCGUUCCCCCCUCUUCGAGCUGCACUUGACCAAAACCCAUAUCUCACAUUGCCCUCUUUACCCUCGGUCUCACUUAUAGCGCCGAAACACCUCGAGAUGACAAUGGGAACUGCCGAGCUGCUCCGUCUGCCUGAGGUACAGAAGUGUAUCAAGUCUGAUUUCCUCCUUCUCCCAUGUGAUAUCAUCUGUGACUUGCCAGCUGAAUCUAUCCUCGAGGCGUGGAUCGCUACCCAGGGUGCCAUCCAAGAUACCAGCAAUUCCGAGAAGAAUCGCGACACUCAAGGCCCGACUACUUCGUAUUUCGACAUUCAGCAACAAGUGCGCCGAGGUGGCCUUGCCGUUUACUACCAAACGGACAACAGAGAGGAGAGUGUACCACAAGAAGCCACUGAUUUUGUGGCCAUUGGACCGCUCGACCAGGACACCACACGGGUUGUGCCACCCCCACAGGGACCAGCGCGGCCACGCUUCGCACUGUCUAAGCUCCUCAUGACAAUGCCCAUGGAUACUAUCAAAGAAAAGAUGAAAGCGGACAAAGCCCUUCUUCUGCGCUAUUCACUAGUCCAGAGUUGUGGGCAGGUCAAGUUACUCACCACCUUUCGUGAUGCGCAUAUUUACGCUCUUCCACUCUGGGUCAAGGAUCUAGUUCAGUAUCAGAGAAAGCUGGAGUCGGUCAGCGAGGACUUGAUUGGCAACUGGGCCAAAUCAGGAUGGCAGAAAGGUCUCGGUGAUAAGAUGGGUUUGACCAAGAUCUUUGGCCAGGAUGAUUAUGACCCGCAGGAGCCUUCCACUCCGGAUAGCAGCUACUUUGGCGCAUUUAUUGACAAAGAUGUCGAUCUCCGCCGCAUGACUACUACCAAAUCUUGCCUGGGUCCAGAAAGCCCUGGGUUCAAGUCUUGUUUCAGGACCCCCAGGUCAGCAGCCGCUAUCGAAGCUUGCCACACUACUGAACUGCCACAGAUGCUAGCCUAUGUCCACAGAGGAUCAACUCCAUUUAUUCGACGCGUAGACAGCUCUGCUAUUUUGCUUUCGACAUCACUUCUUCUAGCCAAGUUGCCAUCCAUUGAGGAGGUUGGUCGCAAGGCAGCGUCUCCAUUCGCUCACGUCAAGAAAAUCUCCUAUCCCGAAGGCAUUGCCUCGCCUUCCGCAAUCACAGCGAAGGAUUGUCUGCUCGAUGAUAACGUGAUUGUUGAACCCACUGUGGUUAUUAAGGAGAGUGUGAUAGGCGCAAAAUGCCAUAUUUCCAGAGGCGCACGCCUCAUUCGUUGCGUUGUGAUGGACGAGGCGGUAAUUGAAUCUAGGGCUGAGUUGACCGGGUGUGUGAUUGGCCACCGAGCCCGAAUCGGCCGCGAAUGCGUCUUGAGAAAUUGUGAAGUGCAGGAUGCCUAUGUCAUUCCUAGAGGCACAACUGCUAGGGACGAGAAACUUAUGGUCUAUGUGACUUUGAGCGAGUAG